GCUGUGAUGGCCCUAGACGGCGAGAGGGGGGAGCAAGAGGAGGAGAAGAAAAAGAAGAAGAAGAAAAAGAAGAGGAAGAAGAAGGAGGAGGAGGAGGAGGGGGCCGAGGAGAGCAGUUCACCCUCUGCCGCCACCACCAUGGGAGAAGACGACGCCGCCGCGCUCCGGGCCAGCGGCAGGGGGCUCUCGGACCCGUGGGCUGACUCGGUGGGAGCGCGGCCCCGCACCACCGAGCGCCACAUCGCGGUGCACAAGCGGCUCGUGCUGGCCUUCGCCGUGUCCAUCGUGGCGCUGCUGGCGGUCACCAUGCUGGCCGUCCUGCUCAGCCUCCGCUUCGACGAGUGUGGAGCGAGCGCGCCGGUGCCGGGCACCGACGGUGGCCCCGGGGGCUUUCCCGAGCGCGGCGGCAACGGCAGCCACCCUGGAUCCGCCCGGCGCAACCACCACGCGGCUGGCGAGUCCUCGCAGCGCGAGGCCGGCGAGGUGGACGCGCCGGGGACCCCGUCUGCCCAGCCGCCGUCGGAGGAAGAGCCCGAGCCGUGGCAGCCCUGGACGCAGCUGCGCCUAUCCGGCCGUCUCAAGCCUCUGCACUACAACUUGAUGCUCACCGCCUUCAUGGAGAACUUCACCUUCUCCGGGGAGGUCAACGUGGAGAUCGCGUGCCGGAACGCCACCCGCUACGUGGUGCUGCACGCCUCCCGGGUGGCGGUGGAGAAGGUGCAAGUGGCGGAGGACCGGGCGUUCGGGGCUGUUCCGGUGGCAGGCUUUUUCCUCUACCCGCAAACCCAGGUCUUGGUGGUGGUGCUGAACAGAACCCUAGACGCGCAGAGGAAUUACAAUCUGAAGAUUAUCUACAAUGCCCUGAUAGAGAACGAGCUUUUGGGCUUCUUCCGCAGCUCCUACGUGAUCCACGGGGAGAGAAGAUUCCUUGGUGUCACUCAGUUUUCACCUAUACAUGCCAGGAAGGCGUUUCCAUGUUUUGAUGAGCCGAUCUACAAGGCCACUUUCAAAAUCAGCAUCAAACAUCAAGCAACCUAUCUGUCUCUAUCCAAUAUGCCAGUGGAAACAUCUGUGUUUGAGGAAGAUGGAUGGGUAACAGACCACUUUUCACAGACCCCUCUCAUGUCCACAUAUUAUUUAGCCUGGGCGAUUUGCAACUUCACAUACAGAGAAACCACCACCAAGAGUGGGGUUGUAGUUCGAUUAUAUGCAAGACCCGACGCUAUCAGAAGAGGAUCCGGGGACUAUGCUCUCCACAUUACAAAGAGAUUAAUAGAAUUUUAUGAAGACUACUUUAAAGUGCCCUAUUCUUUGCCAAAACUAGAUCUUUUAGCUGUGCCUAAGCAUCCGUAUGCUGCUAUGGAGAACUGGGGACUAAGUAUUUUUGUGGAACAAAGAAUCCUGCUGGAUCCCAGUGUUUCAUCUAUUUCUUAUUUGCUGGAUGUCACCAUGGUCAUUGUUCAUGAAAUAUGUCACCAGUGGUUUGGUGACCUUGUGACUCCGGUAUGGUGGGAAGAUGUGUGGUUGAAGGAAGGGUUUGCUCACUACUUUGAAUUUGUGGGUACAGACUACCUCUACCCUGCCUGGCAUAUGGAAAAGCAGAGAUUUCUGACAGAUGUUCUGCAUGAAGUGAUGCUGCUUGACGGGUUGGCCAGUUCCCAUCCAGUGUCACAGGAAGUGCUCCGGGCAACAGAUAUUGACAGAGUAUUUGACUGGAUCGCAUAUAAAAAGGGUGCUGCUUUAAUUAGAAUGCUGGCUAACUUUAUGGGCCAUUCGGUUUUUCAGAGGGGUUUGCAAGAUUAUUUAACCAUUCAUAAGUAUGGCAAUGCAGCCAGAAAUGAUCUCUGGAAUACAUUAUCAGAGGCAUUAAAAAGGAAUGGAAAAUACGUGAACAUACAAGAAGUCAUGGACCAGUGGACACUCCAGAUGGGAUAUCCUGUUAUCACCAUACUGGGGAACACGACAGCAGAAAACAGAAUACUUAUCACCCAGCAGCAUUUCAUUUAUGACGUUGGUGCUAAAACCAAAGCACUUCAACUUCAGAACAGCAGUUACCUGUGGCAGAUCCCAUUAACCAUCGUGGUAGGAAAUAGAAGCCAUGUGUCUUCAGAAGCAAUUAUUUGGGUGUCUAACAAAUCAGAACAUCACAGAAUAGCAUAUUUAGAAAAAGGAAGCUGGAUCCUUGGAAACAUUAACCAAACUGGCUACUUUAGAGUCAACUAUGACCUAAGGAACUGGAGAUUAUUGAUCGAUCAAUUAAUCAGGAACCAUGAGGUACUUUCCGUCAGUAACCGUGCAGGCUUGAUUGAUGAUGCCUUCAGCCUGGCCAGGGCAGGCUAUUUGCCUCAGAAUAUUCCCCUAGAGAUCAUCAGAUACCUGUCUGAGGAAAAGGAUUUUCUUCCUUGGCAUGCUGCCAGCCGAGCUCUUUAUCCUCUGGAUAAAUUACUGGACCGCAUGGAGAACUACAAUGUCUUCAAUGAAUAUAUUUUAAAACAAGUUGCAACAACAUAUAUCAAGCUUGGAUGGCCAAAAAAUAACUUCAAUGGAUCUCUUGUUCAAGCAUCUUAUCAACAUGAGGAGCUGCGGAGAGAAGUGAUCAUGUUGGCUUGUAGCUUUGGCAACAAGCACUGCCACCAGCAGGCCUCAACACUUAUUUCAGACUGGAUUUCCAGCAACAGGAACAGAAUUCCACUGAACGUUAGAGACAUCGUCUACUGCACCGGGGUGUCUCUGCUGGACGAGGACGUCUGGGAAUUCAUCUGGAUGAAAUUCCACUCCACCACCGCCGUCUCGGAGAAAAAGAUAUUGCUGGAGGCGCUCACCUGCAGCGAUGACAGGAAUUUAUUAAACAGGCUUCUAAAUCUGUCUCUGAAUUCUGAGGUGGUGUUGGAUCAAGAUGCAAUUGAUGUCAUAAUCCACGUAGCCAGAAAUCCACAUGGUCGAGACCUUGCCUGGAAGUUUUUCAGAGACAAAUGGAAAAUACUAAAUACCAGGUAUGGAGAAGCAUUAUUUAUGAAUUCCAAACUUAUCAGUGGAGUUACAGAAUUUCUAAAUACAGAAGGCGAACUUAAAGAGCUAAAGAACUUCAUGAAGACUUACGAUGGCGUGGCAUCUGCUUCUUUCUCACGGGCUGUGGAAACCGUGGAAGCCAAUGUGCGCUGGAAAAGGCUUUAUCAAGAUGAGCUCUUCCAGUGGCUGGGAAAAGCCAUGAGGCACUAAUAUGCAUCACUUAUAGAGGACUCAACCUAGAAUUCUGUGAGAGGAUGUGCUUUCUGUGCAGUGAGGAGGCUAGCCAGAGUUUCAGCGUUGAUUUUGUUUUUUUGUUUGUUUGUUUUGUUUUGUUUUGUCUAUCAGUGUGUGGGGAGUGCGGAUAUUUUUCUUUCUUCCAUUCACUCCACAUUUGUUUUUCUACUGGAUGUUUCUCUGUAAAGAACACUUGCAAGUGAUGCUUGCCCUGGUUACUUCAGAUGUACAUCCCCUGCUGUUCAGGACCAAACACGGUAGUGGGUGCAUGUUCACGCUGCAGUCAGUUUGGAAAACCCCAUUCAGAAUAUUCUGUGCAUGGAUAUACGGUCCCGCCUGUGUUCCAGCAUGCUUAUUUAACAUGUCCAGUGUUGUAUGUGAAUAUAUGUACAUCCAGAAUGGGCAUUAUGCGAAAGCACAAAGAUUACCUAUGACAAUCAGUGUUGCAAUGAAAGUAAAACGUCUUCAGAAGGGAAUGUUCGUCUCAGCUACAGACAACAGGAGAGAUAAAAAGCACUCUCUAAGCGUUCUGCGGCAUUUGUUUCAGCACUUGGAUUGUCUGGAAAUGACUAUUGUGUUGCUAACUCAUUUUGUUUGAGUUAAAGCUGUGUAUACACUUGCAAAGAUGUACAGAUUGUAUGUACAUAUGCGUAUGUACAUAAGGAAGCACCAUAUGUGUAUAUAGUAUGUUGUACAUGCACCUGUGCAAAGAAUCUCUUCAGAUCAAAGGAAAUUUAACUCUUUUUAUAAACGUGUGAAUACUUGGAAGAGGUUUCAAAGAGUUUGUCUCAACGUUUUCCUUCCUUCUUUAUAGCUCACUUUCUUAACUGCUUUUUUGUGUGUUCUGAAGAAUGAUCUAUUCUACUACAUUAAGCUUAUUUCUAACAAAAAUACACUUGUAAACUAACCACUUGGCAAAUUCUCUUAAGUCAGUGACAGCCUUUCUCACUAUUUUCUGUAAUUACUUUGAUCAACAUUCCUAUUGCAUAGAACAAUUUUGUGUAUAUUUAGAAAAAUGAUCACUGUUGAGAAAGUGGUUAUGUACAGCUUCUCUGUCUUUCUUACCUUAAGUAGUUAAAUUCUAUGUGUGUGCUGAUCUUCAUGCGUAUAUUGCUCCUAUCCUCCAUUAAGCAACCAUACCUCAACAGGUCUAUUAGCAUUUAAUGACCUUUUAUGCCAGUUGUGCCCUCCCUUAUGACACAAAGUCGCUUUUAUGCUGUGUUACUGUACAAAGCCUUCGGGAAUCAGCAACCCUGUUCUAACUGGGAAAUUCCAUGGCUACAUGUAACACAACUCGGUCUCAGUGUGUUUCUCACCCAGAAGGCCAGCUCCGUGCUUUAGAGUUGACAUGUUUUAAGUUUAGUAUUGUAAAAUACUGAUACAACUACAAUGUUGAGUCAACUAUUGUGAAACCCCUACUAUUUUCCUGUAGUGUUCAGCUCUUCCAAAUAUUGCAAAUCACUGAAACAAUGGAUUCCAAGACUGUCACUCAAUGGUAGAAGGAAAUCAUUCACAAAGCAGGAGUCAUAGAAUUAUUUGGUUUGUAGAAAUGGAAAACAAUUUCCCAACCAACAGACUAAGUUACAACUUAGUAACUUGAACCUUAUCAUGUAAGCAGUUAAUGCAUUAUUUCUGACACCUACAAUUUUCAACACUCCAUUCAAUUAAAUACAUGAAUUUGAAGUACUGCGUGGUAUUGAAGAGUUCUGGUUUUGCUUAGUAUGAAAUUUGGGUUACCUAUUGGAAGUAAGCAAGUUCUAAAAUAUAACAUACAUCGACAGUAUACAGCCAUGAAGGCCUCCGAUAUCCAUUAUAACACUGGUGAAUUCAGUUCACGGGGACAGGGCUGCUCAAGGGAUGUCUUGUUUUGUUUCCUGAAGUAGUGAAAAAUGCUUAGAGUGGUGGCUUUUCAUCUUAAGUGAGUUGUCAUUUUCAACUCUGAGUUUAUGGGGCUUUCUUGGUUCUUCUUCCUUCUCAUUGUUAGUAGUCAUAAUCUUCUUUUGGUAUUUUAGUGGCCUUGAAUACAACCAGUUUAGCUAUAAUCUAAAUCCUCAGUGUAGAUUUAACGUGCAAUGUUUAUACCUCAUACAGUACUUGUUCAGUGGUACAGGCGUACCAACGGCAUCAAGAAAGCAUUUAUUGCUCUACACAUUUUUUUUUCUGUUUUUUAACCUUUCCAAUGUUGAAAUUAUAUCAGGCUUUAAAGUUUCUUUUUAGUUGCUUAAAUAAGUAAUAUUUUCCAAAUAAUAAAAUAACCAAUGGAAUCUCUUGGAAUAUUCUGUAAAAUGUAGCUAUAAAAUUAUAUUUUCUACUUAGAGUUUUUAUCUUUCUCUCCUGUGCAUUUUACAAAUCAAUUAUCUACAUGAAAUAACGAUGUUUUGAAAGUGUCCAUUAUCUAAUCUCAAAAUUUUCCUGUGCCAAUAUAUGUGUAACAGCAAAUUUUUGUUUUAACUAGAAAAUAAUAGACUAUUUGCCACUUUGGGUAUUCAUUAUCUCCAAGUAACUUGUAAAUAAAAUGUUUUCCCCAUUUUUA